UUUUAUUCAGUUUAGAAAAAUGACAGAUCCCACUUAUGAUUAUGACCUUGAAGAUUAUGAUAACUAUGAAGAUUCUGAUAAUUAUGAAGAUUAUGAUAAUAAUGAAGAUUAUGAUAAUUAUGAAUAUAAUGAUAACUAUAACGAUACCUAUUAUGAUGAUAUUGUGGAAAGCCAUGCAAGAGCAGAACAAGAUAGCAACGUCCCUCUGUUGGUAUUCCGGAUUGUCGUUUGUGUGUUUGGUUUAUUCGGCAAUGUUCUCGUGAUUUUUGUCAUUCUGAGGCUUCGGGAAUACAAAAAAGCCGUGACGCAUUGGUAUGUUCUGCAACUAGCAAUUGCCGAUUCAUUGUUCCUGACAACCCUUCCUUUCAAAGUCAUUGAAGAUAUUCAUCAUGAAUGGAUAUUUCCUGCGUGGUUGUGCAAAGUGAAAGAAACAUUUUUGUUCCUGAACUACUAUUCUUCAGUCUUAUUUCUAAUGGUUAUGUCGAUCGAUCGUUAUGUAGCCCUGUGCCACAGCCGAUCUAAUAUUAUUGAGAAGUUGCGUGCAAAACGUGCAUCCCAAGUCAUUUCGAUCAUUGUGUGGGUUUCAUCUCUACUUUGCUGCAUACCUGUUAUGAUAUUCAGUGACAAAAUGGGUAACGAGCCGAACUGCAGAUGUCGGUAUGAGUUUCCGGGGCCGAACAGAUCACCCGAAGAGAUUUGCAUGGAAAAAGCAGAAUGGAUCGAUAUUGACAUGGAAGCGUGCAUUCAUGAACAAAAGCAAACAAAUGAGAUCGGAGCUUGCAUUACUACAGGAAGCAGCGCUAAUUUUAGCUUAACUAACAAUCUAAAUAUCACUAAUGAACUUGAUUAUUCCGGAUAUUCAUCUGGAGAAGAAACAAACAAAACAAUGGACGAGGAAGAAUAUCAUACCGGAUGCCAUUAUCACGACACCGGAAAAGGAUGGAUAAUAUUCUUGUUCUUCAACUUCAUUGUUAUGUUCGUAUUGCCACUAAUAGUGAUGUCGAUUUGUUAUUCUUUAAUCGCUCGCCAGCUCGCGGGAACGGGUAAUAUUCAUGGCAGAAAUAAUACUACCGAAGAAGACAAUAACGUUGCUUCAGCUUCAAGUGCAUCAACAAGACCAAAAAAACGUAGAAAAUCUGCUGCCUUCAUAAAGUCAGAAAAACAAAGAAGAAGGAUCACCAUAACAUGCUUUUCACUAGUGAUUCUCUUCCUUGCUUGCUGGCUUCCUUUCCACUCCGUUCAUUUAGCAAAAAUCAACGGCAUUGCGGAUAAAUCGACGAAUUUCUGUGCUACGUUGGGAGGAGUGGCUUCUAUAAUAGCAUAUCUCAACUCGGCAUUAGAUCCAUAUGUCUACAAUUUCAUCGGAAUGGACUUUCGCAAGCGUUUCAAGAGAGCAACCGCAUCAUUUCGAUCUACUAUCCGUUCACGGAGUCGAACUUCAAGAUCAUCUUCCGAGGCAGGGCCAGCGGUUCGUUAUAAAAAAUCGAAUAAGGGGAAAAAUUUAUCUUCUAGCGCAACUGCCACAACCAAGAUAUACCUGCACCAAAGUGGCUCCCAAUUGCCAUCUGUGACGGAUGAUAAAACGCGUACGUCUGCAAGUGAAACCGAAAUGGAAAGUCGGAAAUCUCUGAUAUAAUUUAUCUUCGAUAAAGCAUUGUACACAAAGUUGUUUUUACAAUUCGUUGGAGCCUUAUGAAAAGAUUAUCCAUUUGCUAUGUUUGGUCUAUGACGUCUAUUAGACAUUUUUUUAUGUUUGUGUUUUUCGAAAUCAUCAUUCUUUGUUAAUAUACGAGCACAUAAACUAUAUAUAUAACUUUAUAGACUCUUGUAUAACAAAUGCUUGAUGAUAUAUAAUCCCGAAUGAUUAUGAAAUAAAGUUAUCGAACGAUUGAUUAAUGCA